UCUGCAGAGCCACGAUGGGAACUCCCAAGAUGAUAGCAUUCUUGCUUCUCAUUUUGUCUUUCUGAUACUUUCUACCUAUGGGCCAGUGAUCCUGGCUUUCCACUUAGAGUAAUGACAUAAAAUAUUCUCUCUUUUUUGGGGGGCCACGCCCUCGACAUGGGGAAGUUCCUGGGCCAGGGAUUGAACCUGAGCCACAGCAGUGACAACAUCAAAUCCUUAACUGCUAGGCCACCAGGGAACUCCUGAAAUAUUCUCUUUAAAUACGCUUCAGAAAGUAAGCUGGCUUAAAGAAAAAUGUUAGCAGCAGAGAAGGGAGAGGGCAGCCCUGCGCCGCUGUGACAGUGUCCCCGAGGGAAAUACGGGAAGGCGUCCUGGAGACAGCGAGUGCGUGCAUCCCCCGCUGCCCUGGGGUCCUGACCCAUGGGAGUGGGAAGCAGCAGCAGGCUUGGGGGCUGGGGUGUUCAUUGCCAACUCUGGAGGUCUCAGAUUUACCCCUCCUCUGUGCCCCUUGCAUGGCCCUGCAGCAAAACUAAAGGCAAUUCUAUCCAGAGAAGAAGGAGGGCUUUGGCGAGUGGGGGAAGGUCUGGGACACUGAGGUGACGGAAAAUGCCAGGAGCCGGGCUCAGGAACCACGCACGCACCCUGUCCCCUCUGAGCCCCAAGUUCUCUGUCUCCCAGUGGGGUGGUAAUAAGAUGCUGUCCCUCAGGGCUGUCUGAGCCUCGAAGGGCUUAGUCUAGCGCUGGGUGCAUCGAAAGCCCUGGCUCAACCGGAGCCACUGCGAUUAUUAUUAUUAAUUAUUACUGUCACGGCCACCACCAUUAUCAUCGCUAAAGAAUGAUGGAAUAACAGGGAGGCAGGAAGGAGCAGCGGAGGACAGAGAGGGACUGUGUUUACACCGUGAGAGGUGUUGGAUGUUACAAGUUGGGGUGCGGGUGCUGGGGUGGGGAGAGACUGAGAGACAUUGAGAAAGGUGGAUGGAAACCGGCCCCUCCUAGCCUGGCGAUGAGUCCCAGUGAUACAAGGCAGUGCCAAGUGGGAGGACCGGGGCUCCUGGGGGUGGAGAAGCAGCCGUGCUUGCUGGGCAGCCACGAGACCUGGGGAGGAUGCAGAGGGCUGCAUCCUGAGCUGGGCCUGGGGAAGAGGGGGAGUGGACUGUGGGCCUGGCCCAGGCUCCUGCCUCUGUGCCGACUCCCCUUCUCUCACCAAGGCCACCUGGGGUCCCUCUGCGAGAGGCUGGGGGCUAGGCGAGGUGAGCUGGUGGUAUCCCAGCCCUCGCAGCUGGCCAUGAGCUCACACACGUGCUCCCUCCAGGCCCGGUAAACAGGAUGGGUGCCUGGGUCAGUGGCACCCUCCCUAGGUCCUUCCCUCCCACUCAUUCCCUGGGGGUGGCUGGCCCGCCCAGCUCCCCUGCUCCACACCCAGCUUUCUCAGCCAAGAGCAGCCCAGGUGCUAACCUGCUAACCAAGACGCCCUGAGGACCACUCUCAGGGUCAUGGUCACUCCCCCCCAACAACCCAGCAUCUUCAUCGAUGGCAUUCUCCUGGUGGUCCCAGGCGCUCUGUGGCUGGAGAGUGUGGAGGAGUAUGAGGUGCCCACCUAUAGGUGGAGGUAUGGGGGGCGAGAGAGCCAGGAGAGACAAAGGCCGACUGAAACUGAGAGGAAGGCCGAGAAAGGACACCUGCCACUCGUCCUUGUGGCCCCGACCCAGGCCGCUUGUACCAGGGAGGGUCCUGUUCCUUGCGUCCCCUGCCCUUGCACCCCCAGCCCCCCCCAUGACAUCCUGCCUGGCUCCUCUUUCUUAAGUCCCCUCCAUCCCGCCACCUCUAGGAGAUGCCAACAGUCUAGCUCUUCAGAUGCCCCUACCCGCACCCUGCGCCCCAAAUUCCUGGGGUUGGGCAAUCGGAACACUUUUGCACCGGUCUCAUCCCAUUUCUCCCUCCCUUCCUAAUGCACAAGCUCCCUCUCUGUUUCAACACAGACUGUCAGACUCAAUUACAGCUCAUUACCCUAUCGGGCGGCUGGCCCUGAGUCACUCCGGGGAGGGACUCAGGGCAGCCCAGCCCUGCCACCUUCUCCCAAACCCGGUAUAAGGAGUAGGGGCAGGGAGGAGGACUCUGGGGAGGCCAGGGCUCUGGAAAAGGAGAGAGGAGGCUGCAGACCUAGGAGGAGGGGAACAAGCAGUCAGAAGGGAGGAGAGAAGGGCGCGCAGGCCUGGGGAAGAGAAAGGGCAGACAAGUCAACUCGGGCGGGAAGCAGACGUGCGGGGGAGAGGGAGCGGGGCCGAGAUGAAGCUCCAGCGGUCCCUGGCCUGCCUCCUGCUGGCCCUGUGCCUGGGCGGUGGGGAGGCUGGCCCGCUGCUGAAUGGAAGGGAGAGCCCUGGAGCGGGUGCCGGGGAGGCCAUUGGACACAAAGUGGGAGAAGCCGUUGGAAGGGGAGUGGGCGACGCCAUCAGCCAUGGCAUCGGGGAGGCCACUGGCCAAGCGGCUGGAGGGCCAGCGGGCUCUGGAGUCCGGGAGGCCCCAGUCCCUGGGGUAGGCGAUGCUCUUGCCCACGGGGCUAAGGAAGCAGCCCAUGCACUUGGCCACACUGGCGCUGAGGCUGGCAGACAGGCUGAGAACAUCAUUCGACAUGGAGAGGAUGCCGCCCACAGCUCGUGGCAGGGGGCGUCCGGUGGCCACAGUGCCUGGGGCACCCAUGGCCAGCCUCUGUCUGGAGGCCAUGGCAUCUCUGGUUCUCCGAGCAGUCCUGGAGGCCCAGGGGCACCCUGGGACCAGGUGUACUCUGGAGGUUCAGGUGGCAGCUUUGGAACCAACCCUCAGGGAGGCCCCUGGGCCCAUGGAGGCAAUGGAAGGCCAUCCAACCUGGGGACCAAUGCUCAGGGAGCUGUGGCCCAACCUGGUUAUGGCUCAGUGCAAGGCAGCAACAACGCAAAUGAAGAGUGCACCAACCCCCCGCCAUCCGGCUCAGGUGGAAGCUCGAGCAACUCUGGGGGAAGCAGCGGUAGUGGUGGCAGCAGUGGCGGCAGCAGCAGCGGCAGCAGUGACAGCAACAGUGGUGGUGGCAGCAGUGGCAGCAACAGUGGUGGUAGCAGUGGCGGCAACAGUGGUGGUAGCAGCAGUGGCAGCAACAGUGGUGGUAGCAGUGGCGGCAACAGUGGUGGUGGCAGCAGUGGCAGCAACAGUGGUGGCAGCAGUGGCAGCAACAGUGGUGGUGGCAGCAGUGGCAGCAGCAGCAGCAGUUCUGGGCCCAACGGGGCGUACAAUACCGGCUCUUCCUCAGGGAGCACAGGUGGAAGUGGUGGCCGAAGCAAACCCGGAUGUGACAACCCAGGGACCGAAAUCCGUGGGUCCGGAGGAUCCGGGGGUCAGGGGCAAGGGUCCAGAGGAGGAGAUGAAGCUGCCAAUGGAAUCAACACUCUGAACUCUGAGACGCCUACAUCUCCGGGGCUCUUCAACUUCGACAAUUUCUGGAAGAAAUUUAAAUCCAAGCUGGGUUUCAUUAACUGGGAUGCCAUAGACAAGGGCCAAGUCCUACCCCCCAGCACGCGUGCCCUCCUCUACUUCAGUCGACUCUGGGAGGAUUUCAAACACAAAACUCCUUUCUUGAAUUGGAAAGAAAUUACCGAGGGUGCUGACGCGUCAUCGUCGUCCUCCUCGCUUCAGAAGAGGGCAGGCGGGGCCGGCCAGCCUGGCGCAGGAUGGCAGGACGUGGCAGCUGUGACUUCUAAGAACAACUAUAACCAUCAGGCGUACCCCACGCCCUUUGGAGGGCAGUACCCAGCCAAGAUCCCCGCUAAGGGGGGAGCCACGCUUUCCUCCUCGGCUUCCCGGGCAAAACCUGGCCUGCUGCAGUGGGUGAAAUUUUGGUAGAAAAUCACCGCCAGUCACAAAUGAGGCCCUGAGGAACAUCCAUCACCUGCUCCUGGUCUGGGUGCUGCCACCUGCUUUUUCUGGGUUCGUCCCACCCACUGUGGGGUCUCCUUGACCAUCAGCCUUAUCAGAUACACUGGCCAUUUCUUCACCUGCUCCAUUUUGUGACCUGAAGCCACUGUGACAGAUAUUCAGGAGGAGUGUCCCACUUUAGAGUUUCUCUGUGGAAAUAAAACAUGAAUCUUGUUUCCCUGA